AGCCUGCGCGGCCAGCAGCACCGAGUGCCGGGAGGGGGCGCAGACGCCCUCACGUGCCCUGCCCGCCCCUGCCGGGAGCCAGCAGGCGGGGAAGGCAGAGGCGCCUCGCAGCGCGUGGCCAAACGUGCCGCCUCCAGAAGCCGAGGGCGCCGGCGGUGGGAAUACCAACCUUCACUUGAAAAUUUAUGUAAGGAAAGCUUGGCAGCGAAACAGGAUGCUUCCACCUGUUCCUCAAAGAGCCAUCAAAUGGCCCUGUGAACAUCUUUGCAAAGGGUCCUCGCGAAUGCCAGGCCUCAAGUGCGAUUCUCUGCACUGAGGUCAGGAUUUAAGCUGGGCUGGAGAUUUCAGGCAAAUUUUAAAAUGUAAGCAUGUGGACAAGAGUUAACACCUGACAAGUCCAAGCCAAGCUGUAGAGCAUGGACAGAGGAGGCAACCUGGAAGUCCAACUUCUACUCCAUGCUCCACUCAGAUGUCACCUCCAGGAAGCCUUUCCUGACUUCUCCCAGACUGGGGCAAGCUCCCUGAAGGCAGGAAUUGUUUCUUUCUCAUCUGUGUCCCCAAACCCCACUAAUGGCUGGCACACGGUCCUCAAUUAAGCCAUCCCAGAAAGGAGGAGCUAGCUGAGUGGAAGCAGGAUGGAGGAGAUCAUGUCUACUGGGAAGGAAGCAGCCCACCGGCUGUCCAAAAGUGGGACGAGCCUCUAUGCAGUGCUGGAGCUUAAGAAGGGCGCCUCACCUGAAGACAUCAAAAAAUCCUACAGGAAACUGGCCUUGCAGUAUCAUCCUGACAAGAAUCCAGGGAAUGCUCAAGCAGCAGAAAUAUUCAAAGAGAUCAACACAGCUCAUGCCAUACUGAGCGACUCUAAGAAGCGGAAAAUUUACGACCAGCAUGGCUCAUUGGGAAUAUAUCUGUAUGAUCACUUUGGUGAAGAAGGCGUCAGAUACUAUUUUAUUCUGAAUAGUUGUUGGUUCAAGACACUUGUCAUCCUGUGUACUCUGCUCACUUGUUGCUGUUUCUGUUGUUGCUGCUGUUUUUGCUGUGGAGCACUGAAACCACCACCUGAGCAGGAUAGUGGGAGAAAAUAUCAGCAGAAUGUCCAGAGUCAGCCUCCAAGUUCAGGAGCCAAACGUGAUUUUAGAAGCAAGGAAAAUAGCGAAGAUGAUUUUUAAGAGAUGAAGAAGGAUGAGGUGCUGACCCAGUUAGGGUGCCUUCUGCUGCCCAGUCCCCUGGACACAUUGAAGAGAGGAGCAAGUAGCCCUGUCCUGACAUUGACCCUGAUUUGACCCCUUUUCUUAUAAGAAUCUCAAGAAUCUCUUCAGAAGCACUGAUGACAUUGAUCCCAGUAAGGACAUCACCUCUGCCCUUGGUACCACAACUCUGUAUGGGGUUGCCCAGCUACUCUUCUUUUUAGUCGCAGUCCCAAUUUUACUCCGUCAGAAAGCAGCCCUCCCCUCCCUUCCCUUAUGAGGUCUCAGGCAGUGGUGGCAGAUUUUUCCUGAAGAGUCUUUUUCCUGUGUCUGCCUUGUUAUUGGAACCAAUGCCAGCUGGUAGGGUCCCUGAGCCCCUUGCGAUAUCACCACCAAGAGCCUGAUAACUGAGCAGGGUGGAUCCUGUCCCUGGAACUGCUGCACCCGUUAAUUCUCCCUUGUUGCAACUCUGUGUACCAAGAACCCCUAGCAUCAGCCUCAUUCCUAAGCCAAUAAUGCCUAUAUGGAGCUGGUCUCACCUUCUGGUGCCCAUGGCCGUUGGCAUUGCCAGCCUCAUUCCAUGCCACUAUGAGUCAACUCAGGAAAACUGCGAGUGCAUUUGAGGCUUAGGGGUAGUCAUUCCAUCUUUAGAUUAUCCUUGGACUUCAGCUACCAGCACAGCAUGCAUUAGCCUUGGUCCUGUAGGUUAACUGAAGUUCAAACAUCAGUGCCAGCUUGCCUCCAUCCUUUUCACAUCUUAUGCAGGCCAAUUGACAUAUAAUUUGUUCUUAAAAAUAGGGGCAUGAAAUAUGUGAUCUGGAAAAGAUUGUACUUUCUGGACUCUU